GCAGAUCGUUUAUUUUUAAGAGGGUUACUACAGUGUUACAGCUAUCAUUCUGAACAGACGCAAAUUUUUUUUUUCUAAAUCAAAUCAUAUAACAUGUGCAAGUAAGCCAUGUCGAUUAUUUUACCUGAUUAAAGGCUACAGAAUUUUAAAUUUUGGCUACGAUAUCGGUACCCAAAAGUACUAACACAGUGAGCACUCGUAUCUUGACUUUUAUCUUCAGCCAAGCUUCGACCAGGUUUGCUCUUCACAAAAUAAAAUGAAUCACACAGAGGACCCCAAAGUUACGAGCGUGCCACACAUCGUGAAAGAGGAGCUCCUGGCGUCGGGGAGAUGGGUGAAGCUGGAGAAGACGACGUAUGUAGAUCCCGCAGGAAACACAAGGAUCUGGGAGACGGUGAAGAGGACUACGAGGCAAACCAACACAGAUGCAGAUGGUGUGGGCAUCAUCGCGCUGCUCAAAAGGACACUGCACAAAGAUUGUGUGGUGAUGGUGAAGCAGUUUCGGCCUCCUCUUGGAUGCUUCAGCCUGGAGUUUCCUGCAGGAUUGAUCGACGAGGGUGAGAGCGCAGAGGCGGCUGCGUUGAGGGAGCUGAAGGAAGAAACGGGCUACAAAGGCGAAGUAGUCGGAGUCACACCAGUGACUUGUCUGGAUCCCGGCCUCUCCAACUGCACCACGCAGAUUGUCAGGGUCAACAUCAAUGGAGAUGAAAUGGAGAAUAUAAACCCAACACAACAGCUGGGUGAGGAGUAGCAAUUUUCCACACACAUACAUUUUCAACACAGACUAAAUAUUGUUGUUUGUUUCUUAAAAUGGACUCUAAAACUAACUUUUAAUUCAUCUGAAUACAACCUAUACUCUGGAGGUUCAAAAGUGGUAGGUGCACGAGAAGCCACAAUCCUUGGCUAGCUUUUUAGCAUGGUGAAAAAAAAAGCAAAUAAUGGACACACCCAUAAAAAGGCCUACUUUUGACACUAGUCCAUGGGUGUCCAACCUUUUUCCAGUGAGGGUUGCAUACAGAAAGGGAUGCAGGGGCAACUUUUGAUACAUUUUGUGCAUUAAAGAUGCUAAAACCAAUCCAUUGUAGGUCAAUACAUGCUAAGCUAUCUGAAUCUUGGCAAAAGAGUGUAAUAUCUAAUAAUACUGCUCAUUACUUAUGAAUUACAGUGGUACCUCGGUUAAUGUCUACCCCGGUUAGUGCAUUUUUGUUUAACAACCAAAAUUUCUGCUAAAAUUUUGCCAUGGCUUGCGUUCGCCCAAUUGUUUAGCGUUCAAAAUACCGUCUAGUUUGUUUCCGACGCCAUCUUCGAUCAUGCGCAUAAGACAAAAUCUCACAAUACUUGAAUGUGAUUGUGCAGUGCCUUGUGCGCCGCGGCCGCCAUUUUAGGACAACAACGUUUGUAUCACAGUUGUAGAGCGAUACACAAUGUGACAAAUACAUGGAAUGCACAAAAGAGAAAGGCGGUGGACGACGGCUUAAAGAGAAGAUGUCGUCAUUUCAGAGGUAUGUAAAUGUGACGGCGAGUCUCUGUCAUCGGCUGCGCUGCACACAGAUACAUGCAUACACAGCAUUCCGUGUAACAGUCUUAUUAACCCGGCAGCUCAUUUCUCAUUUCUGCUUCCAACAACCAAACAUAAGCAUUCAAACCUAUUGUAGCAUGUUCACGGCAUCCACAGUCAAACAUCGCACACGUCACCAGACAUAAGGUAUCCUCGCCAGUGCAUUUCUGCGACAUCACCACCGCCAGCGGUUGUUUUUUUUCCAUUUUCAAGGUACAUGUUUAUUGGUCCUAGAAUGUUGAUAUUUAGUUUGAUAUCAUUUUUAGAUUUUUGAAAAUUGUGUUUGCAGCAGUAGUUUUUUUUAUUUUGUUAAUUGAUGUUUUUGUGGGUUUUUCCAGCAAAACGAGGUAAAAGAGAGCACCAUCUGCUGUAUUCAUAGUGGCAGCACACUUUUUUGCUCUGCAGAUGGCGCCAUCAAACCACUUUCUAUUUAAAGGAAAGCUGCACUUUUUUGGGGAAAAUUUGACCAUCAUCCACAAUCCUUAUCUGAGACAUGAGCACACAUGACUUUCUCUUUUGUCUUUGUGUAUUCUAAAUAUAUAAAAGCAGCUAAAAAGACGCAAGUGAGAAUGCACGUGAUAGGAAAAAGACGCAGCUCAGAAUGCACUUAAUGGGAAGCAUCUGUCAAGCUUUCUGGGAAAAAAAAACUCAACAGCCAACAAAGCCCCAUUUACAUAUAAUGUGACAUUGUUAAUAUUAUUGUUAUUGACAUUGUUACGCCGAAGAACCACAUUACGGGCAUAGUGACACCUUGCCACACCACACCGGCUAGCGACUAGCUUCACCACACACUAGCUCAGAGAUCUGCGCUCACAGUGCUUCAGGCCACUACCGGAAGGUAACGCUACUGCCCCCACUGCUGCUGUAUGUUUGUUUUUGAGUUGGGGAAAGUUAAUUCGAGGUGUGGCGUCGGUUUUUAUGUUGAUAUGUGAAAUCAAUGCACCCAGGAAGGAAGUUCCGGUAAUGCUUAAAAUGACCUGUAUCUCUAUUAAAUCACUGAAGUGUAAGAAUAAGCUGUAUAGAAUUUGUCCCAGGUCACUGAACUCACCAUUUCUCUUGUGCUCCUCUGCAGGUGACGGAGGUAAGUUGUCUCAUGUUUUUUCAGAACACAAAUACUCUCGGUGAGUGAAACAGAUAAACCAUAGCCUGUUUGUUCUUUUCCCAGAAUUUGUGGAUGUUGUCCUUUUACCUCUUGACGAAUUCCAGAUGAAAAUAGAUGAGCUGCUGAAGAAAGAAAAAAUAGUAGUGGAUGCCAAGGUUUACAUUUUCGCCAUGGGGAUGGUACAGGCUUUUUGUAAGCCAAGGGAGCUCCCCGUGUUGAAGCAGUGAAACCAACAUAGAAACGCUUACUAUACAAUUGUUACAGAGGGUUCGUACACAGGACUAAACACCUAACACCAUUUUUAAUUGCUUGUGAUGUGACGUUCAAGUACAAAAAAUCCCAAAACUAUUGGUUUGGGUGCAACAUUUUAAGAAUUGUUUGGACUCUGCAUCGCAAGGCAUGAAUGUCUUAAUUUCACCUAACAUAGGAAUAGAGGUAAAUGUUCCAUAUCUUUACACCAGGGACACAGAGUUUCAGGGUUUUUACGACACGUGUUAUACAAUGUAUUUUGUGGUUGUAAUACAUUCCUUACCUUGCUAACAUUCUGUUAUUUAGUAAAACAUCCACCUCAAACACUUAACAUCAUAUUGCUGAAAGCCCUUUAAAGUUGGGCUUUGUGGUUCUUUUGCCAAGUGUCAACUGUGCACAAUUAUUUUAAACAUUAAUACCUGUUCGUUCCUUAGGGUUAGUAAACUUUAGAUGAUCUAUUAAUGCGUAAAUGACACUGGUGCUCUCCUUCAAUCCUACUUUAAGAUGCAACAGAGAAAGUAUGGAAGUUGGUGGUAAAUAAUCCAUGCUGGGCCUCCAACCUUGGUUUGAGGCCUUCAUAUCGUUGAUGCUGUAGUUACGGAACGCCUAGGUGACUAAUUAAUAAAUAUGUUACUACCUA